GGGGGGUGGGUCCUGCUGAGAGCCCCCAAAUCCGGGAGGGGACCCAGGUGGGAGUGGGCAGCCUGGCCCCUCCCUCAGCCCCUGGGCCCUCCCAGCAGCCACCUUCAUCCCAGCCUGCAUCUUCCCUGGGACCGACCACCUCUACUGGCAUCACUGCCAGCGCUGUGGCCGCCACCAUCACAGCCACCACCAUCACAGCCACCACCGCCAGCCCAGAGCUGCCCAGGGACGUGGGGACGGUCACGCCAGAGCCUGGUGCUGCUGUACUGCAGAGGGACGUGGCAGGGCUGACGUGGGGGCCCCCAACUCAUGUACCCACUGUGAUGCCCAGGGCCCCCCAGCAGCCCACUGAUCCCAAUGGGACCCUGGGCCAUGGUGGGGGCCCCAGGUCCCCUCCAGCUGUGGAGGACACGGACCUGGCCCAGCCAUCGAGCAGCCCUGUAGGGCAGCCGGACACUGAUGCCCCCCGAUUGAUGCCAGCUGGGGCGGGCAGGGCCCCGCAGGUGUUCAUCGUGGAAGAUCAGCCCCCGCUCCUGAGAGCGUCCCUCCUGCGUGUCCCCUGUGAGCUGGUGCUGGAUAUGGGGUUCGUCCCGGCCCUGCAGGACCCCGGGUCCCGCGAGCACCAGGAGCUGCUGCACAGCUUCAACCAGACGGUCACCCCCCUCUUCACGUCGGUGCCCGGGUUCCUGCGGCUGGAGGUGACGGGGAUCAGGGAGGGCAGUGUGGUGCUGCAGUACGACGCGCUGUUCGCGGGGGAGGAGGUGCCGGUGCCGGGACUGGACGCGCUCCUCGAGGCCACGCUGGGCUCCAGUGGGCCAGGGCUGGUGGUGGGAACAGCCCCCGUCCUGCGCCACGAGGCUCUGGUGCGGACGCUGGACCCCUGCACUGUGCUCUUUGCCUGCCCGACCGGCUUUGCCUGCGUGUCUGGGGCGGACGGGAACGCGACCUGCACCUCCCUCUGCCACCGCGACUAUUGCAAGAACCACGGCAUCUGCACCCACCCGCGGGGCCGCCAGCCCCUCUGCCGGUGCCCCGUGGGCAGCGAUUUCUGGUUCGUGGGUCUGCGCUGUGACUACCGGGUGACCCAGCAGGGCCUGCUGGGCGCGGCCGCCGGGGUCCUGCUCAGCAUCCUCCUCCUGGGCACCGUCCUCGCCGCCCUCGCCGUCCGCCGCUUCAAGGCCCUGCUGCUGGAGGCCAGAGCUGACCAGACCCGCAGCAGCUACCGGCGGUUCUGCCGCCUGGACGAUGUCUCUGCCCAGUACUGGUCUCGCUCGGGGCUGCCCUCGGCCAGCUCCCUGGACAACCCCGCCUUCAGCAACUCAGAGGAGCUGCUGCACCUCCAGAUCCUGGACAACGGCUUCUGCAGCUGCCAGGAGGACUCCGGUGUCCCCGACGGUGCCAAGUGUGCCCGCCCGCCGUACCCGCCCAGCUUCCAUUACGACUGGGACACCAGUUCCAGCAGCAUGAAUGACCCCAUGGUGGACUCGGGCAAAGCCAGUGAUAUCUCCGUGUCCAGCUGGCCCAUGGAGCCCAUGCAGUGGGCUCCAUUCCCUCUCCUCCACCAGCUUUCCAGGCAGCGACCGCACCAGGCCCGAAGGCCACACUCGUUCUGCGAGGGGCUGGAGCUGGGCACCUUGGAGCGGAGCUGGACGGCCUGAGGCCACGGACAACAGAUGGGCAACAAGGUUCAGCUUUAAAACCAACCACAUUUUAUUUCCACGUAACGAGCUCAGUGAAGGAAUUCCACACACUUGGACAAUACAAUCAACGCGGGUGUGAUGUCAGUGAUGUCAGUCCCUGUGGGGCAGAGGCCCAGGAAGCCCCUGCCCGCGGGUUCCUGUUCGGACCCAGCUCUGGCUGGGACUGCGGACUCCAGAGCAAGCAGGUACAGAGAAGUGUCAGGACACACAGUGCUGGCAUCCACCAGGUCAUGACUUACGGGGGCAGUCUGGGAAGAAGGGCCACCAGCGUCCGGAGGGCACAUCACACCAUGGACACAGGGGCUCUGCCCCACGGCACCGCAGGACACGCUCGGCCAUGCGGAGGGAGACAUGAGAAAGCGCUGCUGCGUCGGUCAUCAUGAGUCAUGUCAAUGAGGUAUAAACACCAGGAUGUUGUAAGCAUUAAAGUUUAUUUUCCAAAAUGCUCUCCUUAUUCACACGUGUCCUCUGGAGCAUCGAGCCGGGCACAAAUGGUGGGGGCUGGAAAUGGGGCGUUGUACGGAGGGCGAGGGCAACGGGGUCCCAAAGGUGCUCGGAUAGAAAAGGAAAAGCAAGCUGCAGUUCUACACUUAGACUCUCAUAGUCUCAGAGGGGGGCACGUUGAGGGAGAUUUUUGCUAGAAUAAAAUGCAGAUCUCUUCAUAAAAAAAUCAGUUUGCUAAAAGAAAACUCAACCUAUGGGAAUACAGAGCUAUCGGAUCGGUCGAUAUUCUCAUCGUAUAGAAAACAGCCUACAAAUAAAGUCACAAAAAAUAGACAGUUAUAUGCUGAGCAGCCAAAAACAUCAUGAUUUAUUAAUAUCUGGAGAAACUUCAUAAUUCAAACACAACCAAACUGUACAUUUUACAAUCACAUUCUAUUUGUAAACAGUUAAAAGCCACUGACUUCUUUUGCAUCUUCGGACACAAACAUUAGAAUCAAGGCAAUGAAAUGAUGGCGAUUUCUGCACUGUUAAAAUUUUUACCCUUGCCUAGUCUGGAAUUCAUGGACUAAACAAGCAUUCGAUAAUACCUUUUGUGGCAAGAGGAUGUAACUCGUUCACUUUUGCGAGAAAGUACUUGCGAGAACUUUGUCAACAUUGAAAGUCGAUACACACACGAUCUGUAAGCCCAGCCCGUGGUUACAGGAUGCAUAGUUACUCAGGUCGGCUUGGGGACACGGCCCCACGGUAACACAGUCACAGAGCAGGAACAGCCACUCGAUGGGAUUACAAAAACUCGGAUAACUACGGAUUAUUAGCAAACCACCACCACUCACUAAGAAAAGACAGCAUCAAAAGCAGAAUGUCCAACUCCAGCUUGAAGCGUUUUUUUUUUGGCAGAGAAAAGUCUUACAGAGCAAUAAGUAUUAUCAGUGCUAAAAGUUGAGUUUUUUUUUUUUUUCCUAUAAGAAACUACAAGGAGUUUUUACUGGGGAACUGGUUUUCCUGAGAGCCAUGCUCUUUGAUUUAGGAUACAGGAAUAGAAAACAAAAGGACAUGGCCAAACACUGUUCGUUAUUCCCAGAGAUAGAAAGCAUCUUUUUCAUUCUCAAUUUUUUUUUGUCUUUUUAAAAAUUUUUAAAAUGAUGGAAGAGUAAACAUUUUUCUCAAAAAACAAAAAAAAUAUUCUGUAAA